AAUCAAUCAUUGGUCCAUCGCUAGCAAGUUACAGCAAAAAAUUUGCUUUGCCAUGUAAAUGCAACACAAAAACAAAAGUGCAAUAUUAAACAAUGUGAAAUGUGUUAAAACUUAAAAACUUUUGCUGCGAGCUCUGCCACACACGAAACCAUCAGUAAAAAAUCAUCCAAAUCAAGCGAAAACCAAGAUUUAGAGCCAGCAGAGCCACUGGCAAAAGACGUCGCCAUGGAAUCCGCGGACGCACUCGUCGAGGAGCAGAAGCUCAUGGCCGAGGCCAAGUACCGCACUUAUAUGACCAAUAUAGACAAGGCGCUGCGCAAUUUCGAGUACUCCAGCGAAUGGGCGGAUUUGAUAUCGGCACUAGGCAAACUCAGCAAGGCGAUAUCGAGCAAUACGCAGUACCAGGUCAUACCCCGGCGACUGAAGAUAGCCAAGCGACUGGCCCAAUGCAUGCAUCCCGCCUUGCCUUCCGGGGUGCAUCUGAAGGCCCUCGAGACCUAUUCGGUGAUAUUCAGCAAAACAGGGCCGGAGCGCCUGGCCACGGAGUUUAUAUACAGUGCUGGGCUAUUCCCGCUCCUUGGUUACGCGGCCAUGAAUGUGCGUCCAGCCUUGCUAGCGAUCUAUGAAACCCAUUUCGUACCCCUGGGUGACAAACUGCGGCCCGCUCUUAGUGGUUUCCUAAAUGGCGUCCUACCUGGCUACGACUGUGGUCUGGAUCACUUCGAGCGUAUUAGCGCUCUUCUGAAACAAGUGUGCAAUGCAGUCAAUCCAAUGCACUUUUACACAGUGCUUUGGGAGUCGGUGGCUAACAAUGCGGCUAUUCGACUGCCAGCCAUCACCUACCUGCUUGAGCACUUUAACAAGCGAUUGGAUAUGCAGGAGCAAAUCUAUAUUAUGGGGCACAAUAGGGAGAUCAUGAUGUCGGCCCUGUGUGUCUGCCUCAACGAUUCGUUGAUCCUGGUGCAGCGAAAUACACUGGAAUUCCUUCUGCUCGGCUUUCCCAUGCACACGGCUCUGCUAUCCGAGGAUGACUUAGUUAAACUUGUCACUAAUGGCCUCAAUACCAUACUCCGCAGAGACAUGUCGUUGAAUAGGAGAUUGUUCAGCUGGCUAUUGGGCAGCGAAGUGGCCAAAAACUCGCCAACAUAUGACACCCUAUCGUUGGACACCUCAAACGCUCCUUUGGAUGAGGAACCAGAACCAUAUUUCGUUCAACACUCGCGACAUAUUCUAAUCAAAGCUUUAAUCACCACUUUACGAUUGAGUUUGGAGUGUGCUCCCAUGGACCUAAAGCCCUACAGGAUAAUGCUAUCCCUUCUCGACAAGGUGGAAAUUGGAAGUGCAGUACUGGAUUACGUUCUCCAUGACAUUAUUCGAGCUAUGUACAUUUCGAGUGGCAAUGCGGAGGCUUUAAAAUCAGCCAACCUGCUAUUUGCCACCUUCGAUCCAGCUUAUAUUUGGAGCUACAUGACCAACAUGUUUGACAGAGCCUGUCAGCAGGAGAACUCCAAGCAGGAGAAGAAACAAGCUGCGGAUACCUCUGGGAAAUACGCAUGCGAGGUGGGAUCCGGAGAUCCCUGUGUUCUUGAGAUUUGUGUUCUGACAGAAUUCCUUUUGGAAACCGUUUCUCUUGAGAUGUACACAGAAACCACAAGGGUGUAUCUUCCCAAGGUAUUCCUGGCCAUAACUCAGCUUCUUUCCCUACACAUGGAUCACAUUAGUAGCAACGAGAUAACUUCGUCAUUGAAACUCUGCAUGAAGAUCGUCUCGAGGGUGCAGCCCAUGAUAACAAGUCCCAUAAAACUGAAUAAGCUGAUAGAGCAAAGCGGUGGCUCGUCGUCGGAUGAAAAGAUUACGGUAAACUCAGCGAGUGAGACCGGAAAGGUAGAGCCUGGAGCUCAGGGUAGUUCCCUAGAGAAGAGCAAGUCUGAUUCUCGGCUUAAUCAAUUUGCGGAGAACGCGCUGCACAGCAAGGAUCCCAACGAUGAAGAGCUUAUCCGGCGCUCAGCCUCCAAUCAGAGCGUGGGUCGUCAAAGUCCCAGCAAAAAGAAGGCCAAGUCAAUUUCUCGACUUUCAGAGUUGGAUAAGGACAUCAGCGCCUCGGACACAGGUCAGCAAUCAUCUUCCGACCUUGAUACCCCGCGGAGCAUUAAGAAACUCAAAGCCAAGGCUAAGGUCCCAUUUAUCCGAAGCCCCAAAAAGCAGCGACCCAAGGACAUUGUUCUGAUACAAUCCAAUGAUUCGGCAGAAAUGGGAGAUGGACCUAGCUCAGAAGAACCGAAGAGUGCUCCACCUAAUCAGUCGCCUCAGUUUCAGUUGGAUGAGGAAAGCCGAGCCACUCAACAGCGCGGAUUCUCUAUUUUGGAGAAGUGCAUCCGUCAGUACGAAAUCUUCUUUGAGGUUUACUUGGCCCGUAAACUGCUUAAUAUUGAAUCGGAUCCAAAUGAAUGCGCAGUGAAAGUUCAGCUACAGCGAACCACGAGCACCAUCCAAUCAUCCAACCUUUUUAUGGCAGAGCAGGUGUUGGAACAUGAGUGUCCCGUGAGGGAGUCACAAAUCGAGCGUUUGUUUAACUUGCUGCGCGUGGACAUUGUGCCGCGUUCCAAGCAGCUGCAGGGGUUACUCAACCGAUCCCUGCCGCUGCCCGCUAGUGCUAGUGAGCUUAGCAGUGACAGUGAAGCGCAGGAAGAAAAGCAACCUAGCCUGCUUAUCGAUGAACAAACCCAGCGAAGUGUACAGCAGCUAGCCGAGCUCCAGUUGAGCCUUCCUCUCCGUGGAGCUGUUAAGCUGGCGGCCACACUUCUGGUGGAGAUGUCGACCUUCCCCAACUGCAAUAAAAACGUUAUUCUUGAUAAAAACGAGCCUGAGUUGCCCAACUGGUUGAAGGUUCUUUGCUUGGUUGCCUGCUUUGCCCAGAGCGAUAAGGAGCUACAGGUAGCCUCCAUUACCACACUUUUUGAUUUGAUAAGUCUACUACGAUCGCAAAUCGAGCAUACGACUAGUCCAGGAGUAACCUUCGUUGUAAUGCUGCCGCUUCUCAAGUUUGGUCAUGUAAGCUACAUGGAGCAGCACACGCGCGUCUUCCAAUUGGUGAGCUCCAUUUUGUGGGAUUACCUAGGAGCAACAGGCAUAGAUCCUGCCCAAAUUGCAGCGCUACUUCAUCAGCUGCACAGUUGCCUGGAAAGUGGUUUGGUGGAAACCGUCAUUGGAAAUAGAAUGCAGGCGCAACAUUUGCUUCAAAUACAGCCACAAUCUCGUACAGAAUUGGGAAAAACUGCUUUACGCAACUUCCAAAUGGAACGCUUGUCGGAUGCCCAGCUUCUCUGUCCCACGGAGUCCACUGAACGAUUAAGAGAAAGUCAGGCCCGGAGCUUCAAGAAGUUCGAGCUACUGUGGCACCUCGGCAGAGAUAAACAGACUACAAGAGGAUUUGAGAAAACGCUACUUAAAGUGCUGGACACCCUCGCAUUACCACAUUACAUGUCCGAGCGUACUUUUGUGACCAACUGGCUGCAGGCGUCUCUGCUUCGAGGAGAUCUUGCUCGCCUGACAAAGCCUCUCUACAAGAUUCUACUCUCAGCCAGCUCCAAGCGGGUAGGAAUCGUCCACAUGCAGCAGUUGUACAGAGAAGCUGAUACCGAGGCUACACCUGCCUUUGAGCGGGAUGUGUAUGCCAUCAGUUCGGAGCAGGGCAACGUAAAAUACCACCACAUGGAGACAUCUAGUGGUGGUAAAAAAAAGAGUCCAAUCAGAAACUUUCCAAAAAAGAUCUUUGGAGUUACAUUGAGUGGCGGAAAAGCCAACAAAGUGUCAAAUUUUGUGAGCGACAAAUCUACUGUAGCUGCUUGUACUGAGGCAACGCAGGAUGUGAACACCAUCGGCCUAAUAAUCAAUCCAUUAGAAAAUGCUAACGAUUUUGACGACGAAACGGAUCUGGAAGAGCCGAGGAUUGAGAUCCCGCAUAAGGAGACGCCCCUGGAGCAGAAACUAGCCAGUGCAAUGGACGAGAGCGAACAAACUUCACAGGAGCAUCCAACCCAUCAGCCUGAUCAAAGCCUCCAAUAUGACCAGGAUAUUACAGACCAUUCUGACAGCAGCGACUUUGAGUCGGAUUCUGAACUUCGCGAAACGAGCUUGGAAAAGGAAGACAGUCUCACGGUUAGUUCUAGUGCUGGAGUCAGUGAUGAUGUCAAGCGCUUUGUGGGUGACUGCGAAAGUGUUACCGAAGCGUUGACUCAGCACGAAAAGAUCAAGAGCCGCAAGUUCUAUCGAUUGACCAGAGAGAAAACACCAGGAGAAACCAGUCUUAACUCUCUAGAACAGAAGGAUCAUGAUAGCAUUCCUGAUCUGCAGGCAGAUGCGCUUCCAGCGGAUGAAUAUUUUAAAGAAGACAAGAAGCUGGGCAAGCGAAAGAAGCUGUUGACAGCUGGCGACAAAAAACGUCUCAGUUGCAUUUCGAAGACUUCCACGGACAGCAACAUUAGUGGUUCCCAUGCAGAACAACCAGAGCAGGAGGAAGAAACGGAACCAGCAACCGAAUCCACCAUCAAUGUGGAGGACAAACGACGUAAUCUCAGUUUGGAGACGAGCAAACUGCAGCCUGAUAUGCAGAAAACUCUUGAGAAGGGGAAACAAAAUGUGGAGAUACUGAGGCAGAAUAAUGCAGCUGCUGCUGCGGCAGCCGCAGCGGCGACGGCAGAAGAGCAGACCAGUCUGCGGAGCUCUGUAAAGAGCACCGUUUCCCUAACGGAUGCGGCACACCUGUACCACAAUCACCUCCUGAUUUACCUUGCAAUUUACGAUACCCGACAGACCUUGUAUGCCUUGCAGACGCUUCGAAACAUUAUCUGCAGCGAUCGUCGAACCUUCCUUUGCCUCUCAAUAACCACAUCCUUUUCAAGUGCAAGUCUGAAACAGCUGCUCGUGAGGCAUCGCAAGAGUAUAUCUGGCAAAGGUUUUGAUGGUGGAGUGGGCAGCUCUGAGUAUGCUCAAGGGUAUCGGGGUUGCAUGCAACUGGAGCUGCUGGUCACGAUCUGUUUGUUCUACGCACGCGGUUACUUCCAGAAAGAAUCUUUGGAUGCCCAGCGACAGCCGCCAACGCUCCAGGACAUUGUAAACAAUAGAAGGAUCCAGCUUGAGAGCAUUGAACUGCUGACCCUGAUCUGCUCGGAACUUAUAGAAAUCGUCAAGGGCAUGGGCAAAGGACUAGCCAACUAUAUCGCCGAUUUGUUGGCACGCGCCAAGCUGCAGAAGGUGAUGCUCCACUGCCUGAAUAGCUCCGUGUGCAGUUAUGGUCGUAGAGCCAACUCUAACAGCGGAAGUUAUGCGGAGCAGGUGCUCAGCUUCAAUGAUCCUCAGGAUGAUCAGUUGCAUGCGGACUGCUUCCAGCUUCAGCUGCUGCGUUUGCUCUUGGCUGUAAUUCGACUGGAGCAUGAGGUUCACCAAUUGCGCCAGGACACACCGCCCGCUGCUGGCGAGGACUCGGCGGGGAAUGCGUCGCCCACUCGCUUAGCAGAUGGUGCGACUACAAAUGUAAAGUAUCUUCCUAACUGUCUAAUAAGUCAGCAACCCAUGUUCCUGGCCGCUGUGUUGGGUGCACUGCAGCAGGAAAGAUUGCGGCAUUUGCACCGCAACUGGACGGAUUUGGUGACCUCCUCGCUCAAUUGUUUUUCCUUUGGCUCACUCACGAACAUUGUGAUCAGCGUAGUGCAUCAAUUAUGCAGUAAUCUGGACCGCCUCUCCAAGCUGGGUUUACCUCAGCAGCGACACUUCCCCCCGGAUUACGUAGUAUCCCAACUGGAGGCACUUACCAUCUUGUGCCACUACUGCUUACUAGACAAUACGCAGCAAACUGCGCUCUCACACCUGUUUAAUCAAGCUUACCCGCAGACCAGUUCAUCGGCUCAGAGCUCUAGCACUGGUCAGUUGCUCAACAGUAUCGUGCAUUCCUUCCUGUCGGCCAGCGAAUCCUCCACUUCAGCGCCGGCUCCAAGGAAUCCACAACUGCAGGCUGCUCGCAAUGCCGUUCUCUCUCAUCUUCCUAGGAUCAUGAGCAGCGUGGCUGCCAUAUGGGAUAGCGAGCUAGGACAAUUGCGCCCUGUUCGCCAGCAGCUUCUUGAGUUCCUAUCGCCAGUGUCACUACAUCAUGGCUGCAACUUCCUGGCUGCCGUGGCCGUCACCUGGCAGCAGCGCGGAAUCGCAUCAAACAUGAGCGGACUGAGCAUCGCGGAGCAGUUUCAGAGAAACUCCAGCUUACAAGCGUGUCCCGCUCAGCUGUCGCUAGUUUCACUAGUGUCUAGCAUCCGUGUAAUGCCCAUGGACUCCUUCGUGAUGACACUACACCACGUAGUACGAUCUCCUCCACCAAUCCAUCGACCACCUGCACAGCUCAGCAUUGAGGUGAGUUCUCUGGAGCUCUUCUACUUCUAUAUGAGAUCUGCUCCAGCACCUCAGUUAGCGGAUGCCUGGAGCUCUCUGCUGGCUCUCAUCCGGGAUGGUUUGAAUCUGACACCACCGGCCCAGUUUGCUUUACUGAUGCUCUUGAACGAGUUUGUCCAGCGCUGCCCGCAGAUGCCAUUCCAGGAUAAGAAAGAGGUGCGAGAACUGCACGAUGUGACCUCUCGAUUGGUGGACUCUCUUUCCAGCGUGGCUGGAUCUUGUCUAGAGCAAACUACCUGGCUGCGUCGUAACCUGGCUGUAAAGGAAGACACCGAUGGGUUGGCCAAAGAUAACAGCGUUGGAGGUGGAGGUCUCCAGCAAUAUUCUCUGCAGGCCCAGAGCGUUCUGGCGGCUAUACUCUCAAAUCUUCUGGACGUGGCAUACGGUUCCCAGGAGAAGGACAAGGUGGUCAACAUAGUGACACCGCUGCUAUAUAAUAUCACACCGUAUUUAAAGAACCACACUGCAAGGAAUGUUCCCUUUUUCUAUGCCUGCUCCGCUCUACUGGCCAGCUUGAGUGGCUACCAGUACACUAGAAAAGCGUGGCGAAAAGAUAUGCUAGACCUUUUGCUGGACAACGCCUUCUUCCAAAUGCAUCUCUCGUGCCUGCCCUUCUGGCGCAUGAUUAUGGACAGCCUUAUGACCUACGACAAUACCACGUUCCGGGAGCUGAUGACCCGAGUCUCACUCUCGCAGGCGGGCAGUCUGAACAUCUUUACAUCGCGUGACCAGGAGUAUGAGCAACGGGCUAUGCUACUAAAGCGGCUCGCAUUCGUCAUAUACUGUAGCGAGUUCGACCAACACAACAAGUACAUGCCGGACAUUCAGGAGCAACUGGCUAACAGUCUUCGACUGGUUCCCAUGGGCCCUUCAGUGCAGGCCGCCGUUUUCCUGUGCUUCCGAGUGCUGCUCCUUCGCAUGUCACCUGACCACGUUACAUCGCUGUGGCCUAUAAUCAUUGCUGAAAUGGUGCAAGUGUUUCUGCAAAUGGAACAGGAACUCAAAUCGGAAAGCGAAGAGAGAAACGUACAAAUGCGUAUGCCUUCAGGGAUUGAUGUAUCCUGGUCAUCUGCUGCUGGAGCUAGCAAUGGCUACAACUCUCAAACUCCCAUGCAGCAUUGGCGUUCUGUGCAGCUAGAGGCCUGCAAGCUCCUGGAAUUGGGCUGUGUGCUUCCAGCCACUAAGCUACCACAUUUUCAGAUGUAUCGUUGGGCCUUUGUGGGCACUGAGUUCGAUGUACAUGAGGAGGAGGUGCGCCUGCCAAAUGGAAGUUCAGAGAAUCUGGCAACCUUGCCCAGCGCUCUGUAUGUGCCGCAUGUGAGGCGCGUGGCUAGGCUGAUGGACAUGAAAUACACCAGCCAGUCGCCGAUACUUCAACGUCCUAGUAAUAGGCAUCUAAUGUUGCAUUUCCAGCAACUGCAAUCGCUUCAGGAAUUGUACGCCUUUUUCACUACGCUGGGAAUCAGUUGCCCUCAGCCCCGUAACUUCGCCGACACGGAAAAUGAUGUAGCUAACUGCCUGCAGGAGAUCGAGGAGGUGCUAGCCAACGAUUUUCUGGAGAAGCUGCCCAGCAUAACCACGCCGAGAUGAAAACCAGCCGUUGCCCACCGGCAGACACAAUCGCAGAUCCAAGCAAAUGGGUCACAGUUCGAGCUCAAGUUGAAUCUGAAUCUGGGUAUGGAGUCUGCCAUGGAGCCGGGCAGCAGUGGCCAAGCUGCCCGCAUCCUGGCCGCCGUGCAGGCCAAGCUAACCAGCCAAAAUGCCGAGACGAGCUUUACGCAUACCCAAAACAUCAAUAACAGCAGCAACAAUAAGAAGACCAACUUUCCAUUUUAUGUUUAAGUAAGAAGAUGAACGAGAAGGUGAUGCCGAGUAUGAUAGCUAGCUAUAUAGAUAGAAAACUGGGUCGAGUAUAUAAUUGUCCGUAGUGAUCGAUCGUUUUAA